AUGUCCACACCCACGCCCACGUCUCCCGUUCCAAAACGCAUCAAGCCGAACCCGACCUCGCCAGACGUAUCAACGACAAUGGAUUCUCCCCCUCCUUUACUGAUCAAGAAGCUCUCGGAGAAGGGAAGGUUGCCGACGAGAGGCAGCGCGUUCGCGGCGGGGUAUGAUUUGUAUGCUGCGAGGGAUACGGUGGUGCCUGCGCGUGGAAAAGUGCUUGUUGAUACGGAUAUUAGUAUGGCGGUUCCGGCUGGGACUUACGGACGCAUUGCUCCCCGCUCAGGCCUAGCUUCUAAACACAUGAUCGAUACAGGCGCGGGAGUCAUCGACGCGGAUUAUCGGGGCCAGGUUAAAGUACUGCUGUUUAAUCAUGGAGAAGCGGAUUUUGAGGUUAAGGAGGGCGAUCGUGUGGCGCAGUUGGUGUUGGAGAGGAUUUAUACGCCCGAGGUCGUGGAGGUUGAGGAGUUGGAGGAGAGUGUUAGAGGGGCUGGGGGAUUUGGGAGUACGGGGUAG